CAUGAUAUAAAGAGGUUCUGCACAGUGCAUCACCCUCUGCAUCACUGCAAUCAACAUGAAACCCUGCAUCACCCUUGGUGUUUUGUGCGCGCUCUUCUCUGAAGUGGCUGCACUCACUUGUUACCAGUGUGGUGCUGGUACCUCCCAGACCUGCCCUAGUGUAACCUGUAGUGCAGGAACAUGUGCCAGCACGACUUUGAACAUAUAUGACAGUGGUACAAAAGCUGAAAUAGCCAGUGUCGGCUGUUUACCAGCAGAUCAGUGCAUCACUGGGUCAGUGAACUUAGGAUUUAGAAGGACAACAAUGAGCACUAAAUGCUGUGAAACUGACCUCUGCAAUUCUCAGAAGACUCCAGAGUUAAAUACAAAUACUCCCAAUGGGAAGAAGUGUUUCACCUGUGAAGGAGGUGACUGCAGAAAACAGCUGUCCUGUGUUGGAAAUGAGGACCGUUGUGUUAAAGCAACAGCUAAUGUGGGCGGGCUGACAUUAACUGCGAAAGGAUGUGCCUCCCGCAGUAUCUGUGCAGAAGCCGUGUCGGCUCAGCUGAGCUCUAUGGGUACUGAGCUGCACUGCUGUGAGGGGAACCUGUGCAACAGCGCCAAGAGUGUGGGGCAGACUACAGUGAGCGGACAGACAGAAGACCUGUACAACAGCGCCCAGAGUGUGGGGCAGAGUGUCCUGCUGCUGCUGGGGUCUCUCGUCUCUGUGCUGCUCUUCCACUGAAUGGUGCGCUACUCUGAGUGUCUCUCUCGGAUCACAGCUCACAGGCCCUGUCUCUGCCCGGGAGGCCAUUCAUGAAUACAUGGUUAUUGCACACAGGCUUGGAUGUUGUGGUUGAAAGGUUGCACGAUAUUUUCAUUUUUAUUUUUUUUAAAUGACAUAUUAACCUUUGUUCAUUUUUUUAAAAAUUAUAAUGUGGAAAGUGUUUUAGAUUGUGAUCGAAAAUAAAUGGGUGACAUUUCAAUUGUAUGUUUGUGUUUAUAGGACUAGGCACAAUAAAAAAAUAACUUGAUAAAGAACAUUAAAAUAUGAGAUUGUGGCGAUUCUAAACACCCUUAAUUGUUGAUAUGUUCUCUAUUAACCAUUUCUUGUUUGGCUGUAUAUUUAGGAUCAUUGUCACUGUCUCAUCCUUGCAUUUUGUUGUCUUUGUACUUGUACUCUGCACAAUGACAAUAAAGUUGAAUCUAAUCU